AUGAGAUUGAAUAACAAGGCCGUUGUGGGCGUAUAUUUAGUGGCCAGUGCCUCGGCCGCUCAGAUUACCAAGAAUCUUUCUAAAAGUGCGCAGGAUCUCUUUCAAUGGUCGAUGCAUAUCAAUGACAUACGCUGGGAUGAUUCAUACAAGUAUAUCUGGUACUCUGAUCAUGGCCCUUGGUCAACACGAUUCACAGCCUGGUAUGCCGCCGGCCUGUUAUACCGAAACCAGGGAGACGAUUUGUCGAACGCCAAAUCAGCAAUCGAGAAUAUUAUCUCUUGCCAGAUGACCGAAAGCUAUGAGUCAGCUUGGUAUGGUACCUUCAAAGUUUCACCCGAUGAACCGUACCCAACUCCCGAUUCCGAUUUAUACCCUCCAGAGAUAUACGUAAGAACCGAUCCUCCAUUGAAACGAUUUCUUCGUGAAAAUCUAGAGUCUAUCUUGCUGACAGGUCUCAAGACUACCUACGACCCAAAUUGGAGAGAGUUUAUAGGGACACAACUGGUGCAGAUUGUCGAAGAAUUCUCGGAGUUGAUUGGGUCAAGACUCGUUACCCAGAUUGAAGAAAGCCUGGAGAUUGCAGCUAUUGGUUCAAUGCGUCGCAAUGGCUCAUACCCGGAAGGAGACAAUUUGACACCGGGGUACUCGAAUCCAGCCCUCAUGCGCGCAUGGUAUAUUGCAUGGCUCGGCCAUCGCCGCGAUAAUGAUACUCUUAUCAACUAUGCAGAUGAACAGGCAGAAACCAUAUUGAAGCUCUUCAAGUCAACGGGCUCAGAUGUGCUGUCCGAAUACAACGCACCCACUUACUAUGGAAUGGAUAUGUGGGCACUUGCUGGCGCUAUUAAAUAUGGCCCUCCAAGUUCUGCGAUUACCAAGAACUCCAAAGUCAUUUUGAAGGAUCUUUGGUCAGAUAUUGCGACCCAUUACAAUCCUUACCUUUCAGUUAUGGCAGGGCCCUAUGAUAGAGCCUACACGCGCGACAUGGUCACAAAUUCAGCCGUGAUAGACUAUUUUUGGUGGGGACUAUAUGGUUACGGCACUGGGCCUCAACCUAAUCAGCUUGAAUCGGAUCUUUUAUUCGAUGUCUCACAGGGAGCAGCACUGGCUCUCAUAAUGGACGUGGUCGCGGAACACAUCUCAGACGAAGACAAUAAGUGGCUAAAGGCCAAAGGAAAUUGGAACGGAGAGCGCAUGAUCACCAAAAAGAUCCCGGAUGCCCUAGGCGACGAUUCCGAGAUCCGAAUCGCCACUACCUGGAUGAGUGCAUCUCUCAUGGUAGGGGCCCAGCAGGUCAAUGAGACUAUCAACCGCGGCGAGCAGUACGUACCGUCUAUCGUCCAAUGGGCCGGUGAUAAGGACCACAAACCACACCCAUACAUGUCGUUUUUCUCACUUUAUCCGACCGCGUCAACAAUCAAUGCCGUGGCUGGACCCAACACUCUUGAGGUCUCAUAUCCUAACACUACACAGGAUGGCACCGGUAUCUUUACCUUCGUGUUGGCGCAGCUCCCACCAAGCUGGACUUUGACAAAGAAGAAGGUUGUUCGAGGUCUGGAAGAUCUACCUUGUCUCAGUGUCAAUGUCAACGCCAAGGGCCUGGAAAGGUUGCCAGUUAUCUACGGUGCCUCGGUUGAAGAUAAUCGUGUGUACAAUGUGUCCUUUGCUGUACCAUCUGGAUUUUCUGGCACUCCCAAGAUAUCUUUCGAAUUUAAUUACACCUGUUAG